UCUGCAGAUCAAACUCAAAGCACGCCGUUUUUUCCAAUCGAAGAAGAAGCAGCGGCUGGAAAUUGCACAGGGUUCAAAUGCUGAGAACCAUCUCUCUCUCGCGGAAUCCUCUGAGGUCCUUCUCCCAAAUCCUAACCCCUCUCACUUCAACUUCCACGCCAAACCCAACCCCAUCACCGCCUUCGAUUCCGACUUCCCACUCCUUCGGCUCCUCCUCCUCCUCCUCGUCGAAGCAAGACAAGGAGGAAAAAACCGAGGCCGUUUCGGUUUUCAACAGAGAUCCAACAGUCCCUCCCAAGCUCUUCGUCGUCCAGCCCCGCCUCCGCCCCGAUACCUUCUUGCAGGCCAAGCUCAACGAAGCUCUCUGCCUCGCCAAUUCGCUUGAAGAACAGCGAGAUGGGUAUUUCGAUAUCGAUUUUUUCGAUAAGGAAAUUCCUCCCCAUGUUGUUGUUCAAAACCCCAUUGUUCGACGCCAAACCCGCGCAGAUACAUAUUUUGGAAAAGGGACUUUGGAUGUUGUGAAAUGCCAUCUGAACGCUGUGGAGCAAAAGGGUGAAGUAGAUGCUGUAUUUAUAAAUACAAUUCUGUCUGGGAUUCAGCAGAGGAAUUUGGAGAAAAUUUUGGGAAAGGCGGUGUUGGACCGCGUGGGUCUUAUAAUAGAGAUAUUCAAUGCUCAUGCCUGCACAAAGGAGGGAAAGCUACAGGCUGAAUUAGCGGCUCUAAUGUAUAAGAAAACAAGACUUGUACGACUGCGUGGCAAAGCUGGACGCUCUACUUUUGGAAUGGAUGGAGAAGCUGAAGUUGUUAGUGCCCGAGGGAGAGGAAGUGGGGGACGUGGUUUCAUUAGUGGUGCAGGAGAAACUGAACUUCAGCUUCAACGACGAAGAAUUUCAGAAAGGAGAAAUAGUCUGUUAUCGCAAAUUCAAGAUGUUCGUCGUACUCGAGCUGUGCAACGCGCUGGUCGCAAGAAUCAUGGAGGAUCUUAUGGUCAAGGUUUACCUACUGUUGCUGUUGUUGGGUAUACAAAUGCUGGGAAAUCUACAUUAGUUAGUGCCAUCUCAAACAGUGAUCUAUACAGUGAUUCUCGAUUGUUUGCUACAGUUGAUCCAAAAUUGAGAAGUGUUGUUCUUCCUUCAGGGAAGAAAGUGCUCGUGAGUGACACGGUCGGAUUUAUAUCAGAUUUGCCAGUGCAGCUAGUGGAAGCAUUUCAUGCAACUUUAGAAGAAGUUGUGGAAGCUGAUCUGCUUGUGCAUGUGUUGGAUUGUACGGCACCUAAUCUUGAUGAGCAUCGAUCAACUGUAUUACAAGUUCUUGAACAAAUUGGCGUAUCCAAGGAAAAGCUUGAAAACAUGAUAGAAGUUUGGAAUAAGAUUGACCAUGAGGAGGACGGUGCAGAUUUUAAUGAGUGUCUUGUUGACGGUGAAGAUGGUGAGACUAGCAAAUUCUCAGGAGAAGAAGAUAUGGAAUGUGAGUUCUCAGGAUCAGAAAAUGAUCUGUCAUCAGAGAAUCUUGAAGCUGUGGAUGACCAAGAAGGUGAUUACUCUGAUGGUUGGUUGGCAUCAGAAGAUGUCGAAGAUCCUUGGGGGCGAGGUGGGUCAUGUUCAGCCUUGAAAACUACGGAUGACCAACAAAGUGAAUAUCCUAAGGACUGGGGAACAGAAAAGCAAGUGCAAUCACCAGUUCAGUCCGGUCCACAUGUAAGAACAUCUGCCUUAAUGGGAGUUGGCUUGCAAGAGUUGAUGGAGCUCAUUGAUGAGAAGCUGAAGAAGCUCCCAAAGGAAAAUGUUGUGGAAAGGGGUACAUUUGAUCGGAAAUGGAGGCCCCCUCGUACAGAGGAGGCCGCCAUAGCAGUUGAACAAUAAUAAAUGUUAAGGUACUCUUUCCCUCAUUGAUGCUAUCUUCGCAAAGCCAUGGGGUAUAUAUAGCUGACGGGUAUUCGACAACUAUAGAGGAAUUUCCCAUGAACCAAAAGCAAUAUUGGACCUGAUGGGAGAAUAAAAUGAGAAGAUUCUAAGUUUCAGAAGGUUUUGCAAGCAUCUUGAUUUAACCAAAAUUUCACAUGUAUAUAUUUGUUUGAUCAUGUUUAUUUCUUCUGUUUUCUUGGGACAGUUAGACUCUUGACAUACUACGUCCCUUGGGUGAUUUUCUAUGGCGCUAUAGGAUUUUUAACUGAUAGAAUCUUAGUCAAAAAAUACAAUGACUAAGAUCUAUUGGUUAAAAAUCUUAUACUUCGAAGCACCAUGAACUAUUCUGUCUUGUGGAUGCUUUCUGUGCAAAAAAGUUCAUACCUACUUUUUAACUAA